AUCAGAGCCGCAGCUCCGCGUCUGUCUGUCAGCCGGCGUUCCGUGCCUCGCUCGCGCUACCUCCAGCCAAUCAGCGGGGCGUGAAGGAACGGCGCUCUGCCCCCGCUUGGAAGUCAGAAAGGUGGACUUUGUGCUCGAGGUGACAGAUCCAACAUCCCUGAAAAUGGAAAAAGAAGCAUCUGUUGAAGCUCCGAAAGCCAGCCAGGAAUCUAUCAUUAAAGAAGAGACCAUCACAGAAAGAAAAUGGGUGAGGCUUCAGCAGACCACUUACCGUGAUCCUACGGGUAAAACAAGAGUGUGGGAAUCUGUAAAGCGUACUACCAGAAAAGAGGGAGUUUCUGCUGAUGGUGUUGCUGUUAUCCCUGUGUUACAAAGAACUCUCCACUAUGACUGUGUUGUCCUAGUAAAACAAUUUAGGCCUCCCAUGGGAGUCUACUGCUUGGAAUUCCCUGCUGGACUAAUUGACAGCAAUGAAACCCCAGAAAGUGCUGCUCUACGUGAGCUGGAGGAAGAAACAGGAUACAAAGGGGAUAUCCUUGAAUGCUCUCCAGCUUUGUGCUUGGAUCCUGGACUGACAAACUGUGCAUCACACAUUGCAACAGUCACCAUUAAUGGAGAUAUUCCUGUCAAUCUGAAGCCCAGACAAAAGCCUGAAGAAGGAGAAUUUGUAGAAGUCGUUACACUACCAAAGAACGACUUAUUGCAGAGAAUUGAAGAACUGGUGGCAGAAGAGCAUCUCAUCGUGGACGCAAAGCUGUAUGCUUACGCCCUGGCACUGCGGCAUGCAACAGAUAAACCAUUCCAAGUGCCAUUCAUGAAAUUCUAAGACUGCGUCAUACUUAAUUCUUUGAAAGGAUUUUCCUGUAUUGAGUUAAAAGGUCAGCAGAGUAAUGUUCAAUGAGUUGGACAUUAACAGUGAGCCUUUUUCGACUUGUUAGUAGCAAUCUUGCCUCGAAUAAUGUAACUGACCUGUUUAUAGAAUAUACAAUUUCUCUUAAUUAAUCUUCUGUAUCUGAUUGACUGGAAUGUCUGAAGAAAAAUAAAUCCAUGUCUUACUGC